AUGUUUGAUUUUAUUACCAAUCCAAAGAUGUCACUGCAUUCUCGUAUUAAACGAAAAACGGCAAAGCCAACAGAUAUUCGGUUUUUUGAUGUCGGGCCGAAUUCGUCAUGCCUCGUCUACAAAUUCAUUGCAUCUGGAUCGUUUGUGGCGUGUUCGAAGCAACUGCUGAAAAAUUCGGCAAGGCUGACUUCUUUAAGUGUGCAACCGCAAACAGCAAACAAUAUCAUCUUGCUGCAGCUUAAUUUUUUCGUGUUCUGGUCUGCUUAUUGUUUGUACUAG